AUGGACCAGCAAGCUGGCCUCGCGUUUCUUCCGGUGAUGGUGCUGUCCACUGUGACAGCCAGUGCCAGCCUUCAAGGCCCAAGUGCAGCUUCAGAAGAUGACGAUCAAGAGAAAUGGCUGGAUGACAAGCUCCAACAGAUUUCUUCGUUAGAUUUCUAUGAUUUCUUGGCCUUCAGCAAAUUCAAUAGGCGUGUCGACUGGCCAGAAGGACUGCAUCAUGUCAAGUCCACAUGUCAAGACUUUCUUGAUUUUGACCAAGAGAAUGGCGGCAGGGCCUCGAAAGUGUGGCCUUCAUUUUUGUGUGAAGCAUAUCCUUUUUUGCGCGGCGCAACAUCGUGCUUGGAGAUGAUGGUGCUGGUUGCUGAAAGGUUUCUUUUCAAUUUGGUCAAUUUCAAUGAAUUGGAUCAAUUGGAAUUUGUUGAGUUUUGUGCUGGCCGAGCCCAUCUCAGUCGAGAGAUGCUGCGUCAAGGAUUUCACCAAGGAGCUUCUGUGGACAUUCUUUUUCAUCCCCACCAUGACAUGUUGAGUUCCAAGGGGCUGAGGACUUGGUUUGACAUGGUAGUGGCUUCUCGGCGAAAGUCGUUACACUGGUUUGCUACCAGAUGCUCGAGCUUCGUCCCGCUCUGUAUCUCUCAAAGCAUGAGAUAUGAGGAGAAUUCAUUCUACGGGGAUAGAAGCAGGCCAUGGGUGGAGCAGGGCAACCUUCAACAGGAAGUAACUGCAAUGAUGAUGUUCUUCAGUUUCCUCUUGGAUUGCAUUCCGGUGUUGGAGCAACCCACAGGGAGUGUGCUUCCAAAACUACCAUCCCUUCGUAAUGUUUUGUGGUUCUUCGACUUCAAGAAGACAGUGACCUACAUGGGAAGCUUUGCUGGCCCAACAAGCAAGCCUCUCCAGAUCUGGCAUCCGUCUUCAGGGCCUGGCUCCCUAUUUGCAGCCAUCGCCAGGCCAAGGCCAGAUGGCUUGGACAAUUUGGCUUCCAGUGGCCAGAGCUGGGAUGGAAGCCACACUUACACUGGCAAUAAGGAGAUGCUCAUCGAAAGCGAGCACUACACGCCAGAGUUUGGCGCUUGUGUCGCCCAAAUCUACGAGCAGAUUCGAGCUUCGUGA